CAAAGUCAUAUGCCUCGCUCCCUACCUAGGUAUCUCCCUCAUUCAUUCAUAUUCAAUAUUUCAAUGGCUACAAUUUGCGGCAGCAAGCCAGCAACGACAUUGGCGGUCCUAUGUGGCUUGUCAUCGUUGCCAUCUCUUUCAUCCUUAUCCACUGUGCCCUAAAUCUAAGCCUCCUAUAAAUCUUCCUCCCCAUCUUUCUAAGACCUUUUCUCUAAAAUCUCUAAAAUCUCCGCUUCAUUUUCUCAUUUCCAAAUACCCUUUUCGUAAACCCAUCUCAAUCUGAUAAAUUUGUUUUCUUUCCCCAAUUAUGCUUGUUGUUGAAGUUUUCUGGGAGAUACUAAAGAGACCCACAUUGGGGGAAAUUGUUAGAGAGAUGUUGAUGAUUCUGGGUCCUGUUGGGAUUGCCUUCUUUCUUGGGGUUAUGAUUGGUUGGGCGUGGAAACCCAGAUGGGCUAACUUAGGCAAUUGCGAAAUCGAUUCUUUAGUAUCUUCAUCUCCUCCUCUGAGUUUAAUGCCCUCGACUCUUAAGAAUCAAGACUUCGGGUCAAAGUCAAACCAGAGCCUUCAGCAUCCAUCGUCUGUUAACAUGGAUAGAAAUGUUGUUGAAGGACCCACCACAUUGCUUUUGAGCAGCAAUCCCAAUUGCAGUUCAUCAAUUGCCAAAAAAGACGAGAACCGUCUUCUUCUUACAGACGAAGAUUUAAAACAUCUAUGGCAUCUCGUGGAAAAGAAAGACGGCGGUCCACAAUGGAAGCAUAUGAUGAAUCGCUCAACCCCUAGCAUGCAAUAUCAAGCCUGGCAAAGAGAUCCCGAGACUGGCCCUCCUCAAUAUUGCAGUAAGACUGUAUAUGAAAACGCGACACCUGAGUUGAUGAGGGAUUUCUUCUGGGACGAUGAAUUUCGGUUCAAGUGGGAUGAUAUGCUUUCACAUGCUGCAAUCCUGGAAGAAUUCCCUAAUUCUGGAACAAGCGUAGUACAUUGGAUACGUAAGUUCCCUUUUUUCUGUAGUGAUAGAGAAUACACAAUUGGUCGCCGCAUAUGGGAACUUGAAAGAUCUUAUUACUGCGUUACAAAGGGAGUACCCAUCCCUUGGGUCCCAAGGAAGCAGAAACCAAGGCGUGUUGAUCUAUAUUAUUCAAGUUGGUUUAUUCAAUCAGUGGAAUCAAAGUGUGAGGUGACAUUCUUCCAUCAUGAAGAUAUGGGGAUCUCUUGGGAAAUUGCAAAAUUUGGAGUAAGGCAAGGGAUGUGGGGAGCAGCUAGGAAAGUUGAAAGAGGGUUUCGAUUAUAUCAACAGGAAAGAGCUUUUUCAAAAACAAUAUCGCUUCAUGUGGUUAUGGAUCAGAUGAGUACCAAAAUUGAUGAAAAAUACUUGGCUUCUUUAGAAUCUGAGGAGGAAGAGGAAGAAGAUGAUGAAGUAGCAGAUAUGGCAGAAACCACCACCAAAGUAGCAGAGGUGGUGGGGAUGAAGGUGCCAAAGCUCUUACUAUUUGGUGGAGUGGUUAUGGUGGCAUGUAGUAUUGAUCGUGGUCUGUUUAGUAAAGCUGUAAUAUUUGGUGUUGCCAAGAGGUUUGGGUCCAUAGGGAGGCAAGUGGGCCCUCAAAGAUGACACUGUGGCAUUCUCCCGAUUUGGUCUCUUUUUGUACAUUUGUUACUUAGAAAUUACUAGAAUAUAAAUCACCAGUUUCUUGCACCAGUUUCGUUCAGUAUUUGAGGGGAUACCAUGAUCCAACUCUUCACCUAUGUUGAUUAUCACAGUAGAAGAUGUAAAUGGAUAUACUUGGUCAAGAACAAGUCAAAAUUUUAUAAUAUGGUGCACAUAGUUCGACAAAAGAAUGAAAAUGCUCUUUUUGGAUAA